AUGUUCACUCAGAAGUCCUCCAAAGGUCUGGCCAGGGACACCAAGGGUCGUUUUUUUGUGGACAGAGAUGGUUUUCUGUUUCGGUACAUCCUGGACUACAUGAGAGACAAGCAGCUGGUUCUACCUGAUCACUUUCCUGAACGCGGGCGCCUGCAAAGAGAAGCAGAAUACUUUAACCUCCCUGACUUAGUGAAGCUCUUGGCUCCUAAAAUCAGUAAGCAGAACUCCCUGGGCGAUGAAGGCUGUCAGAGCGACCCGGAGGAUGCAUCCCCAGGCAUGGACACAUCUCGCACCUUAAGCUCCAUGGGUGCCGCUGCCGCCUGCUCCAGCCUUGUGCCCAGUACGAUGGAUGGCAAACGCUCAGGCUUCAUCACCAUUGGAUACAGAGGCUCCUACACACUAGGACGGGACAGCCACACUGACGCUAAAUUCCGCCGGGUGGCUCGCAUCAUGGUGUGUGGAAAGACCUCUCUGGCCAAAGAGGUUUUUGGAGAUACCCUAAACGAGAGUCGAGACCCGGACCGCCCCCCUGAGCGCUACACAUCUCGCUACUAUCUGAAGUUCACCUUCCUGGAACAGGCCUUUGACAAGCUGGCCGACGCAGGCUUUCACAUGGUGGCCUGUAACUCCACUGGGACCUGCGCCUUUGCCCACGAGCAGACCGACGACAAGAUCUGGACCAGCUACACUGAAUAUGUGUUCUACCGGGGCUCCGAGCUGCUUGCCGAGGACACGCCCUCAGAGCCGACUCCUGUUCUCCAGAUGGUGAUGUCCGUGUCCUCCGCUCCUCACGUUGACCUCGCCAAGAAAGAGUCUUCCAGCGUGCGGACCCUGAGCCUGCCAGAGACCAGCAGCAGCAGCACGCUCCCUGACCUGCACAACCCUCUACCUCUGGAUUCCCCUCUGCUGCCCCCAACUCCACCACUGCCUCCGCCUCCACCCCCUCCAGAGCCUCCAGAGCCAGAGCCACUCUCACCCCCCCAUCUGCCACAUGAGCUGCCCCAAGAGCUGCUGCAGGAGUGGCCCCGGGAGCUGACCCUAGAGCUGCCCCCAGACCGACCACCACCUCUGCCUGCCAAACCCCUCUCCAUGUCCAGUGCUUCUCCCACUAAACGGUCCAUCCCAACGGAAAGCACACAACGUCCCAAAACACUCAAUCUAAAGACACUGCCGAGGCCCUCUGCGAAGGAGAACGGUGGUGGCCCCCCGUCCGGCCUGUGUGAAGACGAAGAGGAGAGGAAGAUGAUGGAAGAGGAUUUGAAAAAGUGCAUAGAAGAUUUCAAAAAGAUACGGUUGCCUAAAAAGUUUCCCGACCGUAAGAGACAUUGGCAGAGUGACUUGCUGAAGAAGUACAAUGCGUAG